GACAAGAAGAAGAAAUAUAUAAAUUCUGUAAUUUGUCCGACGGUAUUUACUACAAUUUGCUGUGCAACCGUUUUAAGUGAAAAGUCGAAGCAAAUUGCAAAUUUUGGAAUAUUUGCUUGAAAAUGUCUCAGGGUCCGUUCGCUACCUCAAAACGCGACCUGAUCCAAAUCAAAACUCAAACGCCAAAGGCAAUGCGGUCUCAACAAAAUACAAGUCGCAACGACCUCUCCAUUACCUUGUUGCCGAACGAUUUAUCCCGCAUUCUGGACCAAUCGCAGCGACAAUUGUUCCACAAUAAUUCUAGUGCAUUUUUUGAUCAUUACAAUCUGACUGUUGGCGACGGUAUGACUGCCAGUGAGCGCUCGGUAUUAGACGAUGGUCAGCACACGUAUUCGCUCAAAGGAAAAACGGAUUUGCUAUUUCCACAGUUCUUGGAAGUAUUACAGAGUCGCACAAAUGACUCCGAGGUUUUUGAUACCAUACAGGAUCUGAUACAGACAUGUGCUGGUGUCGCCGAUGAGCUACAAAGAGACCAACGUCAAGUGGCCAACACUGACAAACGCCAAGAAGACAAUGCAGUGUGGCUGCAUCAGGAAAUGAAAACUUGGAAAUUGCUAUAUGCGCUAUACAAGGAUCGUAUAAUGGUACAGGCAGAGGGCGGUGGCAUGGAUUGUGAGAUGCCUCCUUUGGGUGGUUCGGAGAAGGAAGUUGUUGCCCAAUUGUAUGCAUGCAAUUCGACGUUGCGUGAAUAUCAGCUCAUGGUUGAUUGGCUUGAAGCAUGUUACGAGCAAAACGAUUCUCAGUCGCAAGUCGGACAUAUCGCAAAUCGGGCAGUUGGUUGGGAAAACACGCUAUUCCAACUGCAAAAGCGUCGCGAUGUUGCCUUCGGAACUGGCGUGAAAAUCGUUAAAUCGCUUGAUCCAGAUGCACCAGUUCGCGAACGUCGUCCGCUUCAUUCGUUAGAUGAGGAAGAUAAUCUACGUUUAUCACGCUGUAUUUUCGCAGAAAUCCGUCAGGGUCACAUUGAUGAAGCUAUGGCGCUUUGCAAACACAGCGGACAAACUUGGCGCGCUGCUAUUCUUAACUAUUACACAAAUCCAAAUGCUAGAGAAAAAAUGCCAAUUGAAGGUAACCCACGAAGUGAUAUAUGGAAAAAAUGCGCCUGGUUGAUGGCUGAUUCUAAAAAGUUUGACGAAUAUACACGAGCCAUAACUGGGGCUUUCUGUGGCCAUCUUGACUCAUUAAGAGCACUCUUAAAAGGGUCAUGGGAGGAUCUUCUGUGGGCGUAUCUGAAAGUGCAGAUUGAUAUACGCGUCGAGUGUGAAACACGUGCGUGCUGCAUCAAGGCAUACCAACAGCUGCCAGACGGUUAUUGGAAUGCAAAAAUGUCACUUGAACAGAUUUUCGAAGAACUCUCAGUUAGCAAUGAUGCGUCCGUUCGCGACUAUGCAUGCAGUAAAGUUGGCACCAUACAAAAGUACUUGAUAUUGGACAACGUUGGUGAGCUAUUGCAACAUAUGCGACGGUGGAUGGAAGGUGCCAAUAACGUGAUCGAUAACAUUGAACCCCUUUCUUCUCAUCUACGCUUUCUUACGCAUAUUGUACUCUUCAUGCGCCAAAUAGGUCGUGUUGAUAAGGAGGAGACGGCAGAUCGCAUAGUCGCAGCCUACGUAGAAGCAUUGAUCGAAAUGGGCGAUGCGCAAUUAAUUGCUUUCUACACAGCUGCAUUGCCUGGACAAAUGAAAAUUCUGUUAUACUCCAAAUUCCUCGAACGAGUUACAGAGACAAUGACCCGCUCCGCAGCACUCACUGAAGCCAUUAAUGCUGGUUUGGACGUAGAAAAUAUCACACGCCAUACCGUGGAGACCAUUCGACAGCGCAUGCCUGGAGACGCUGACGAAGCUGUUACAUCGCGCAAACAACUGCAAGUCUGCGAGAUUUCAAAUUUCGAUCAGCGUAAAAUAAGUGCACUGGAAUGGCUCACCUUCUUGCCUACGCAACGUGGAGAUUUGCUGUGGCAAGCCAACGCAAUGAUACGUACCUUCCUUGGCGAGAACAAAUCAGAGUGUGUGCGCGCCGUUUACGAUAUGGUGCCAGCCGACUCGCUCUCACAAAUAAUUAACAUCUUUGGUUCAAAGGACAACUUUCCUUGCCGCGAAGAGUGUAGCAUUAAGGAGUAUCUCAGUUACAAAGUAUACUUGGCGGCCAUAGACAGUUUUAACGAUUGGUCUCGUCUACUCCAUAACCGUCCAAAAGAACCGCAACUGGUAACAGCAGGUGCCAACUUUACAGAACGCAUUGCCUCAGAACACAAAGAACAAGUCUAUCGGGCUGAACUGAAGCGUUGGGAAGCUAAUUUGGGAGAACAAACUAAAUUAACACGAGAUGCGCUUUUUAAUAUUUUACUGUUUCCUGAAAAGGGAUGGCUAAUCGAUCCGGACACACCAAAAGAUCCUGUAAACAUAACUGCCUUGGAUUGGGAAAAUCGUCAAAUACAAUUAGAGAAAUUGCGAAGUAUUUGUUUGCCCGAAGUGGUGCUGCUAUUGCAUAAAGUUCUACACGUGGCAGGCGAUUACCAAGGCUGUCCUUAA